CCCGGGGACGCCGUCUCACGUCUCACCAGUUCCGCGAACCCGUCCGGCAUGGCCCGGCACGUGUUCCUUACGGGGCCGCCAGGGGUUGGAAAAACAACAUUGAUCCGGAAAGCCAGUGAGGCCUUAAAGUCCUCCGGUGUGCCUGUCGAUGGAUUUUACACAGAAGAAGUCAGACAAGGAGGAAGAAGAAUAGGAUUCGAUGUUGUCACUCUGUCCGGCACCCGGGGCCCUUUAUCUAGAACUGGGUCAGAGCCUCCACCUGGAAAACGUGAAUACCGAGUUGGGCAGUACAUGGUUGAUCUGACCUCCUUUGAGCAGUUGGCCCUUCCUGUCUUGAGGAAUGCAGAUCUCAGCAGUGGCCCAGGGCAGAGAGUGUGUGUCAUCGAUGAAAUUGGGAAGAUGGAGCUCUUCAGCCAGACUUUCAUCCAAGCUGUUCGUCACACACUGUCCACCCCAGGGACCGUAGUCCUUGGCACAAUACCAGUCCCUAAAGGAAAACCACUGGCGCUUGUGGAAGAAAUAAGAAACAGAAGCGACGUCAAGGUGUUUAGUGUUACCAAGGAAAACAGAAACAGCCUUUUGCAAGAUAUCGUGACGUGUGUGCAGAGCAGCAGGAAGUGAAGAUGAUUUGCGUUACUGCUUUUCUGCAUGUGAAGAAGUGUGCACGGUUCCAGGGGAGCCUGAAGGCACUUUGCCUGUCAGGGUUUUAUGCCUCAACUUUAUGAUCACCAAGGUCUUAAAUCCUUGUGGGAUUUUCCAGAGAAAGGUUGCCAGCUGGUUUCCAUAAAAUGUUUAAAAGAUCAAAUUAGCCUUAAUGCUGGAUUGACUAUACAAGAUUAGCAAUCCAUUAUGGUUUAUUUAC